AUGUCAGACAGAGGUAGAUCCCGAACACCAAAAUCAUUAACACCGUCACCACGUCGUGCUCGUUCCUAUUCUCGUUCACCUUCAAGAUCAAGGUCUAGAUCCGGAUCAAUAUCACCGAGGAGAACAAACGGGGAUAAGAAUGGGUCAUCAGCCAAACAAGGUCAGAGUAGAAGUGAUGGUGGCUUGAGAGUGAUAGUGGUAUCCGGCUUAAGUAAGAAUGUGAUGAAAGGUCAUUUGGAGGAAAUAUUCGGUGAAUAUGGUAGAAUUACUGGAAUCGAUUUACCUACGUUCAAAGUUUCCGGACUGAAUCGUGGUAAAGCAGCUAUCGAAUUCGAAACACCUUCAGACGCACAAUUAGCUAUGAAGAAUAUGGAUGGUGGUCAAUUAGAUGGAUCGUUCUUGUCUGUCCAAAUUUCCGAACAUCCUUUACCCGCUCCCAAACCUAUAUCGCCACCUGCUGUUCGACGUAGAAGAUCAAUUUCCAGGUCAAGGACGAGAUCUCCACCUCGACGCAGAAGAUCACCUUCAUACUCACGAUCAAGGUCACCACCUCGUCGAGCAAGUUUCAGGAGAAGAUCACUUUCUAGAUCUCGUUCACCGCCUCCUCCAAGAGGCUUCAGAGGUGGAAGAGAUUCAUAUGUUCCCCGAGGUGGUGGAGGAGGUGGAUACGGAGGCGGAAGAGGAGGAUAUGGCGCUGGUGGACGAGGUGGGGGUGGUGGAUAUAGUGGAUAUGGUGGACCUGGAGGACCAGGGGGACAAAGGAGAGAUAGAAGUCCUUUAAUAGUUAGAAGACCAGGAGAAAGAGGUGCACCAAGGAGGCCCAGUCCAGAAUAUAAAAAAGGUGGUAGAAGCAUAUCAAGAUCAAGAAGUAGGAGUUAUUCAAGAUCAAGAAGUUUCUCAAGUAGAUCAAGAUCUCCUCCAAUAAGGAGAAGAAAAUACACACCAAGUAAAAGUAGAAGUAGAAGCAGAAGUAUGAGUAUCGAUUCGAGAAGUAAGAGUAGAAGUAGAAGUAUGAGAAGUGUCAGUCCUAGGAAAUGA